ACUUUUCUGUUCUCCGACGAUUACGUUCGAAAAGCAUUUAUGGAAACAGACACCUAUGUAUAAGGAUAAGCGCAUUGAUGUUGAUACGGACCUUAUGGAUUACUGGGAGAGCAAAAAAUGUAUAUAUCCCCGCCUAAGAGAUUUGAUUCACAAAAAACUUGUCAAGUUGCGCCUACUUUUUGAAACAGAGGAAAAACAAGGAGACGUUGUGCCUAUUUUCAAAAAAUGCUUAUUCCACGCAGAACGGAUUGCCAUUAAAGAUUCGAAUAAUGAAUUUUCCUAUCAACAACUAUAUAAAGGAUCAAAAAAAUUAUCUAUUCAGAUAUCAAACUUAUGUGGAAGUGGCUCAUCAAGCAACGUUGCUGUUUUUUGCAAAAACGACGCUUUAUUGCCAUUAACACAAUGGGGUUGUUGGAUGUCAGGACAAGUCUUUUUGCCACUUUUGUAUGAACUUUCUAAUGAAACGCUUACUUACAUUCUUCGCGACUCGAACACAAAGCUUAUAAUAUGUGCAAUAGAAUACGAAACCAAGGCCAAGAUGCUUGCUGAACUAUUUGACAUUCCUCUAAUUAUUAUGGAUCUGAAUUUCAUGCCAGAACAUAUCAAUUCUCCUCAUUUCUUGGAAAAAAUGUUACUAGUAGCCGGUGAUAAUGUAUUCGUUGAAGGUACUUUGAAUAACGAUUUCUAUUACCACUCUGAUGCAUUACUGGUUUAUAACACCGAUAAUGUUAAAAAGCCAAAAGGAUGCAUGAUAACACACAAGAACUUGCAAUCACGAAUUAAAGUAGCAACUCAGGCAUGGAACUUCAAACCGCAUGACUACAUACUAAACUGUUUGCCUGCACAUUACUCAGCUAUUAGCGUACAUUCGGUGAUGUGUUUGUUAAGUGUUGGAGGAAAAGUCGGUUUUUAUAACGAUAUAGAUUGCAACAACAUAUGGAAUAGAAUGCUCGAUGUAAACGUACCGAAAAAAGAGAGGCCUAAUGUCUUCACAGCAUUACCUUCAUUUUAUACAAAAGUUAUCGAUACAUAUAUCAAAAUAUUUUCUAAGAAUACACGAAUGGCUGAAUUCAUAAAAAAUUUUUGCGAAAAUAACUUUCGUCUUAUGAUAUCUGGACCACAACCGUUGGCAAUGAACAUAUACCACUAUUGGAAUAUAAUCACCGGUCAUAAACUUCUUCCAUAUUAUGAAACACCUGAAACAGGAACCAUUCUACGUUAUUCACAUUUUCCCAACAGCCAGUCAUGUAAAGAACCACAAGAUAUGGUAGGCCUCCCAAUGCCACACACUAAAAUGCGUAUUGUUAAUUGUGAGGAAGAAAUUAUAUUUACGUCUACAGAGCCCAACUUCGAGAAUCCAGCAACCGUAAAUACUUCAGAAAGAAUGCGUUGCACCGCUGUGCCGGAAUCUUUGGUUGGAGAGCUUCAGGUGGCUGGUCCGACUGUUGUGAAAGGAUACCUCAACCAAAGGAAUACUGAAGAAACAUGCUUCUAUAAAGAUUUUUUUAAGACUGGAAUUAUUGUCCAAUUUGAAAGGGGCGUAUUCAGAUUGUUAGGGCAUAAUGAUAACGACAUUAUAAGAAUUGCAGGCCAAACCUUUUCAAGCUGCGAUAUCGAAACAUUAUUACACACACAUCCAAAAAUUAUCGAUAUUGCAGUUGUAGGCGUUCCACACACAUUAUGGAAAGAAAAAAUGUAUGCUUUGUGUGUUCUUGAAGAAGGCGUUACCUUAGAUUUAAAAAAUAUCCAAGCAUUUUGUGCAAUGUGGAUACCGUCCCAUAUGUGUCCCGACGAGCUUCGAAUUGUUCCUUUUAUCAAUCGCAAUUCAGCAGGUAAAAUUGACAAAAGGGAAUUAAUAAGACUGCAUUUUUUGUAGUACCAAUUUAAUUACUUAUGUUUUCGAUUUUGAAUAUGUAGCUUUGAACAUUUGUUUUCACAGAAACCACAAUUUUAAUAAAUAUAUAUAUACGUAACCUU